AUGAAAUUAUCAGAUUCAGAUAAAGAAAUCGAUACAUUCAGUUCAGUUUUGUCAAGGGCCCUCAAAGCGCGUGUUUACCUGACGUUCAGGGAUAAAAUGAGGAAAAGCUUCUCUAUCAUCGCUAAAGGCUGGUACCUUCUCCGGAGGUAUAUCCUAACCAUUCCUCGUUUCGACCUGUUCCUGCAGGGAGCUCUACUUAUAGUGGUGUUCUUGGAGAGCUACUCAUAUCUUCUAAUACGAAGAAAUGCUGGCACGGGAUACUUAUCAUCAAUCAAUGAAGAUUGGGUGAAGAUCGGCGUGGCUGGAGCUGAGUUCCUGCUGGGUUCUUUGGUGGCUUGGUCUGGGAGAGGUUUUAGACACUUCGCGUUAUCUGGGUGGCUGGGAUUGACAGCGGUGUCUGGUCUAAUCGUCCUCGCCUUCCCAUACCCUGACUCCGGCCGACAAUCUGUCCAACUGUGUGGAGGCGGUUCAAUAUCAGGAUACAAUGAUGUUGAGGUGGAACCAAUCGAUCAUUACCUUCAAGUGAGGACCGGAUUCCUUGUGCUGACGGCUGUUCUGUGCGCGCUCACGAAAAUAAGUGUUUGGGCCCACGGCAUCACUUACCUAGAUGACCACGAGCCAGAGAGUGGAACAUACUUUUAUGGUAUCCUAAUCUCCAUCAGGUUGUCCCUGGGUCUAAGUGCUCAGAACUGGUUGCAGCACGUGUCGGUGCGUGAUGAUUGGUGGGAGGCUCAAGUUUCCCUGGCCAUGCUCACGCUGAUGUUCUCCAUUCUUUUCACGUUAUUCCCUCAUAAAAUGGAUGGUUAUAAAGAUUUCGAAGAGUUGGAAUAUAACUGUGUUUUAUCUGCAGUCGGUCGUAUGUUACGCAAUAAACCGUUGAUGCUCCAAGUAGCGGCUCUCUCAAUCCUCAACACAGCUGUAUUUGGUUACGUCAACUUCGAUACUGCCUCCAUACAGGCUAAGUUCUUCGUGGAAACUCUACGCCAGGACCCUCGAACAGUGAGAACAAUCAUGGACAUCUUUAGAUCGCUUGUCAUUAUCUUCUUUGUUUCUAUUUUCCGCAUGCGUUUCUCAGGCCGUCGUAGCGACGGUGUGAAGUCUACCACGGCAUCACGUGUUGGUGGAGCCGUGUGUGUUCUGGUAGCGGCUUUCUUUGCUGUUCUGGCUGGCCUGCACUGUAAUACCGGAGAAUUGGCAGGGUUCGGAGGUCUUACAGAGGAAUACGAGCAGCCUUCCUGUAGCGCGGAGUGUGGGUGUAUCUCAGAGAAGUACGGCUUCAGUCCAGUCUGUAUCUUGAACACCUCCACCACAUAUUUUUCUCCGUGCCACGCUGGCUGCCGGAAGUAUGAAGACUUAGGAGGAUUCUUACUGUUCAGUGACUGUGCAUGUGGCCCUGGACGUGCAAUUCGUGGUGCCUGUAACCUAGCAUCCUGCUGGCUGCCUUAUUCUUUAUACCUAGUUUUCUUCACACUCAUGCUUGCUAGCAGUGCGGCAUCAUUUCUCAUGCAAGGGAUGGCUAUAUUAAGAGCUGUUCCUCGCCGGGAUAAACCUAUUGCUAUCGGAGUAGCCUUCUCCAUAGUGGGUCUGAUCGCUCACGGUCUUGGACACAUGCUCUAUAUGCUUAUAGGAUAUUUAACCUGUGGUUAUAGCGAUGGUGAGACUUGUUUGCUGCACGAUUUCAGUAUUUGGUCCGUGGGUGCUGUAAGUGCAGCAUUAACUAUUCUCUCCGGGGCAAUCAGCAUUUUAGCUAGCAGGAGUUACAAUUCCAAUUCCAGCUGA